UAUCUUCAAAAAUGGCCAAGGUUUUAGGGAGGUUUCACCGUCAUCCUCUUCUUCUUCUUCACACAUAGUGAGAAUCACACACACUGAGAGUUUCUCUUCCCACUCUUCAUUCAAAUCCUCUAUGAACUAUUUUCUAUUAUCAUCACCACAAUGACAUUCGCAGCCUCAUUCUCUCCAAGUCCACAACCUCAAAUAUACACCAACACUUUGAAAAGACCCCUAAAACUCAACCCAAAGUCCCACAAAAACCUCUUCUUCUUCUUCAGCUCAAGCUCCAGUACCUUCUUCAAACCUUCACUCCCUUCCACCACUACUUUCCCACUCAACCUCAAAACCCCUUCAAACCCAAUUCAGUUCCACCCUUUAUCAGAUUCAAUCCAUGACAAUCUAGUCGAAGACCUUGAGAAUUCUGUGAAUUCUCACAUACCCAUUAACGAAAUUUGCCAAAUUACGCCGCUAGAAUCGAGCCCGAGAAUCUUCAUCCAAGACCCACCUUGGAUUGCCUCAAUAUUCUUGAGGGGUCUGUACAAAAGGGCCGACCAAGAAGUGAAAUUGGAGUACAAAGAAAUGGAGAAGAGGAAGUAUAACUUGUUGAGGAGGAGACAGAUUAAGGCGGAGACCGAGGCGUGGGAGAGAAUGGUGGAGGAGUAUAGGGAGCUAGAAAGAGAAAUGUGUGAGAAGAAGUUGGCUCCAACUUUGCCAUAUGUAAAGGCAUUGUUUUUGGGAUGGUUUGAGCCUUUGAGGGAUGCAAUAGAGAAGGAACAGAAGGUGCAGCGGACGAAGAAGCAUAAGGCGGCGUUUGCACCUCACAUUGAUUUGUUGCCCGCGGAUAAGAUGGCGGUUAUUGUUAUGCAUAAGAUGAUGGGGUUGUUUAUGAUGGGAAAUCAGGAGGGGUAUGUUCAGGUUGUUCAGGCUGCAAUUCAAGUUGGUGUGGCUAUAGAGCAGGAGGUUAGAAUUCAUGGUUUCUUGGAGAAAACUAAAAAUUCCCAGAGCAAGAAGAUUGUAGCUGAUACUGAAGAUGGUCUGCACAAGGAGAAGCAGAUACUCAGAAAACGUGUAAAUAGUUUAAUUAGAAAGAGAAAACUAAAGGAGGCACAGAAGCUAUUGAAGAAAGAAGAAUUUAAGCCUUGGGGUCGAGAUACCCAGGCUAAGCUGGGAAGUCGUUUGAUAGAAUUAUUAACUGAAACAGCUUAUGUACAACCUCCACUUAACCAGUCAGCGGAUGGUCCACCUGACAUUCGACCUGCAUUCAGGCAUAAAUUUAAACCUGUAAUAAAGAAUCCAGGACAGAAAAUUGUGAAGAAUUAUGGAAUUAUAGAAUGUGACCCUCUAAUCCUUAUGGGGCUUGAUAAAACUGCUAAGCAUGCGUUGAUUCCUUAUGUGCCCAUGUUGGUACCUCCCAAAAAAUGGAAAGGGUAUGACAAGGGUGGGCAUUUAUUCCUACCUUCUUAUGUCAUGCGUACUCACGGAUCUAGGAAGCAACAGGAUGCAGUAAAGAAUGUUCCUGUUAAACAGAUGCAAAAGGUUUUUGAGGCUCUGGAUAUGCUUGGUAACACCAAAUGGAGAGUAAAUAGAAAAGUAUUUAGUGUAGUGGAGAGCAUUUGGGCCAGAGGAGGCAAUAUUGCUGGCUUGGUUGAUUGUGAAGAUGUGCCUAUACCUGAGAAGCCAUCCUCAGAGGAUUUAACAGAAAUUCAAGAAUGGAAAUGGAGUUGGAGGAAGGCAAAGAAGAUUAAUCUAGAGAGGCAUUCUCAACGAUGUGACACUGAACUUAAGCUUUCUGUGGCUCGAACAAUGAUUGAUGAGGAAGGCUUUUAUUAUCCUCACAAUCUUGAUUUUCGUGGCCGAGCAUACCCAAUGCAUCCACAUUUGAAUCAUUUGAGUUCUGAUCUCUGUCGAGGGAUACUUGAGUUUGCUGAAGGACGACCGUUAGGGAAGUCUGGCUUACACUGGCUGAAGAUACAUUUAGCGAACCUGUAUUCAGGUGGUGUUGAGAAGCUUUCACACGAUGGACGUCUAGCCUUUGUUGAUAAUCAUCUCGAUGAUAUAUUUGAUUCAGCAGACAACCCUGUUAAUGGAAACCAGUGGUGGUUAACAGCUGAAGAUCCUUUUCAAUUCUUAGCUGCUUGUAUUAAUCUUUCAGAAGCCUUGAGAAGCUCAUCACCACAUACCGUCAUCUCCCACCUGCCGAUUCAUCAGGAUGGUUCAUGCAAUGGUUUACAGCACUAUGCAGCACUGGGAAGAGAUAGUAUGGAAGCAGCUGCAGUCAACUUAACUGCUGGUGACAAACCUGCUGAUGUUUACUCUGAAAUUGCUGUGAGGGUGCAUGAUAUUAUGAAAAGGGACAGCAACAAGGACCCAGCUACAAAUCCACAUGCUUUAUUAGCUAAGGUCUUAAUUGAUCAGGUCGAUCGGAAAUUGGUGAAACAAACAGUGAUGACUUCAGUAUAUGGGGUUACUUAUGUUGGGGCACGGGAGCAGAUAAAAAGAAGACUAGAGGAGAAAGGUCUCAUUACUGAUGACAGACUACUGUUUACUGCAGCUUGCUAUGCGGCUAAAGUAACAUUGGCUGCCCUUGGAGAGAUUUUUGAAGCUGCACGUGGCAUUAUGGGUUGGCUUGGUGAUUGUGCCAAGGUAAUUGCUUCUGAAAAUCAACCUGUGCGUUGGACCACUCCUCUUGGUCUCCCAGUUGUACAACCCUACUGCAGAAGUGAAAGGCAUCUUAUAAGGACGUCUCUUCAGAUUUUGGCUUUGCAGCGGGAGGGUAACAUGGUAGAUGUUAGAAAACAGAGAACUGCAUUUCCUCCAAAUUUUGUACACUCGCUUGACGGUACACAUAUGAUGAUGACUGCUGUUGCCUGCAGGGAUGCUGGCUUACGUUUUGCAGGGGUGCACGACUCCUUCUGGACACAUGCGAGUGAUGUCGACAAAAUGAAUCAGAUACUUCGAGAAAAGUUUGUGGAGCUUUAUAGCAAGCCAAUACUUGAAAAUUUGCUUGAGAGCUUCCAAACAUCAUAUCCAGAACUGAUGUUUCCUCCCCUCCCAGAGAGAGGUGACUUUGACUUGCAAGAGGUUCUUGAAUCUCCAUACUUUUUCAACUGAUCCUUCAUGCAAGAGCAACAAUCAUAUCCUUAUGUAGAAGCAUUAUUACAUCUGAUGCAAAAAGUGUCAUCGAGUUUUCUGAGAAAAUUCAUCCACCAAUGUGGAUUUGAAAUUGGAGUGGGAAAGAGCAGCACGUGGUUGCCUCUGUAGAGGCUGAGAAGUGGACAAAAAUUUGAUCCAUGCUGUUUCCUGCAAGUGCUGCUGGGACUUUUGUCCUGAUAUAGUGAUUAAAAUCAUAGCAGAACAGGCUGGUUUUGGAUUGAAGGCUAUGGAAGGCAGCUUGAUCAGGAGGCUGUUUGCUGAAAUUCUCCAUAAUGAAAAUUUAUACUACCACAUUGGUUGAUUUUUUGAGGGGAAGAUAGACGCAGAUGAAAUAUUUGCCGCAAAUGUUUCUUUGCAGUGAGCUAAUUUUGAGAGGUCAUCUUAGGGAUGCAAAAUCAUGAGUUUUCUUUGUGCCUUUUUUAUUUUUUGUGUGGGAAAGAAGGGGGGGAACAAUUUUUCCCAUGUAAUUUGUUGUACACAUGUUGUAUCAAAUAGAAAGGCAGGAAGGGAUUUACUGUAAUAUUCACAUGUUAAAAAGGUAAACUCAAGUGCAUCUCUGGGCUAGAUAAUAAACUUGAAAGGAUUUCCCCCCCUUUUUUGUGAAAUCCUUUUCCAUACUGAAUAUCGAAAUAGCAAAAGAAAAAUUAUGGAUGUUUAGUACA